ACCGCUUUAAUUUCCUUUUCAAAAUCAAACCCCCACCCCUGCCCCCUCUCCUUUCAAUGCCGAAGGCAACUCCUCUCUCUUCAAUGUCGGAGGCAACUCCGAUGAGAAGCGAUCUAAGCAGCAGCAGCAGCAGCAACGAAUACAGGAAGCGUCUUCGUUCUCAUCAAACCCCAACUCGUGUAACCGUAAGAAGAUCCCCUCGAUUUCACCCCCAAAUUACUAAAAAUCUGGUAGAAAUCACACCAAAUCCAACAAAGGAACCCUCUUCCCGCAAAACCCAUCUCCGAUCUCCCCCAGUCUCUCCAAACCCAACUCGGAUUUCUUCUCCCAAGAAAACCCAACAAAGGUGUCCGACGAAAUGCCUCAGUGAGCCGUUGAGAUCCAUCAAUAACCUACAGGGGUCUUUGAGGCGUUCGCGGAGGUUAUCCUCUCUUCCUUUGUCCCAGAUUUCAAAUGGGUCGAAUAAAGAGAACGUGGGUAUUGAAAACUUUGGUGUGGAAUUGGUCAAAGAGAAGAAUAAUGGUGAAAAGAAAAGAGGGGAAAGAGAUGGGCUUCUGAAUUUGAAGAUUUUUGAGAAGAAAGAGAAUGUGGGUGUUGAAAAUCUUGGGGCGAAAAUUGUAAAAGAGAAGGAUAAUUUUGAAAAGAGAAGGGGAGAAAAAGACGGGCUUGUGAAUUUUAAGAAUAAAGAAAAUGUGGGUAUUGGAAAUUUUGGUGUGAAAAUGGAGAAGGAGAAGAAUAAUGUUGAGAAGAAGAGGAAAAUGGAGCGAUGUUGUGAAGAAGGUAUCCAGAGUAUCCAGAGUUGUGGCUCCGAUGAUUGGACGAGACAGCAAGAGGCUGCCCUUCAGCGCGCUUACUUGGCAGCAAAGCCAUCACCACAUUUCUGGAAGAAGGUUGCUAAGAUGGUGCCAGGAAAAUCUGCACAGGACUGCUUUGAUCGAGUCAAUAGUAGUUUCGACACUCCACCUCAACCACAACCUCGUUCAAGGGCAAUAAAGUCCAAGCUGUCUCCUAUAAGCAAUUUCAGUUUAUCGUGCAGUAAACCUAUUCAAAAUCCUAGCCAACCAGUUAAAAAGCUCAGCAGCAGAAAAAAGAGCCUUGUUGCACAAAAAACUGUAAGACACUUUUUGAAAAAGCACUCAGAAAAGGAUCAAAAUCACCAAGUAGAUCAUUUCUCAGUUCUGGAAACUUCUCCAGAUGCACUCGUUGUGGAUUUACUGGAAAUAAAUUCACAUAUAGACCCAACUUGUCCGCUGAGUCCUCCUAAUUUCCUGCAGAAGUGUAGUGGAGGAUUAUCUUCAGGUCAUCAGAAAAUGCUCUCAAGAUUCAAGCCAAAUAACCCGAGUCCUGAAGUUCUAAAGAGGGUCAAGAACGUAGCAUUGCAUGAGAAAUAUAUCGAUCAGCUGCAUAAUAGAGAUGCAAGGAGAAAAUCUGUCGCUGCUAGAGUUUGCAAGAAUGUGGAUGAGGUGAAAAUUGGUGGGCUUAAAGCUGCUAAAACUGCUCUCAUGUCUGAAGCAAGAGAGUUUAUCAGUCAAUUUCAACACAUGAGAGCCAAUUGUCAGUGUGACGCUGACAUUGAUGAUGAUGAUGAUGAGGAAAUGGAGGAGGAAGAUGAUGAAUGAGGAGUAUUGUGCAGGAAUACGAGGAACUUAUAUUGAAAUUUGAUGCAGGAACUUGUAUUGAAAUUUGAUGCAAUCGGAGCAUUUGUUGUGUAGUUUCUAAGUAUGCCCAUUGUUUCCUAUUGAUGAGAUUUUAGAUG